CUCUGUUCCACCCGUUCUUGUUUCUCAUAUUUUAUUUAAUAGGUUAGGGCCUGUGGAGGAGGGAAGGGAGUUUGUUGCCACACCGCCCGUCCUGCAUUCAUCAUUGUCAUAUCUACUUGCCGUAUGCUAUGGUUCUCCGGCGGAUCUCCAGCGGAUCAGGAACCAACAACCAGAGUUUUUGAACCAUUGAUCCAUCUGUAGGAAAUUAAAGAGGCUUGGGAUAUAAAUUUCUGUCAUAUAUAAGGUUAUUUUGUCGUCCUCUACCGCAAACGAAUCCUAGCACCACUCAAAUCUCACAAGAAACCAUACGGCAUACCAUACUACAUACCCCCUGCGGACAAAAUAAAGGAAAAAAAAAAAAAAAAAAAAUGAAGCUCCCCCUCCUCCUCGCUCUCGCCGCACUCGCACCCCUUGCAUGGGCCACCCCCGCAAGCAGCGCACACCCAAGAGGGUUACAAGGACCACCAGGACCAGGACCAGAACCAGAACCAGAACCAGAACCAGAACCAAUGCCAGACCCAACAGUGUCAGAACCAUACGCCCAAUCAGCACCACGCACCACGGGGCUCUCUCUUCUUGUGGGGGUGAAAUAUUGCGCGCUCACUUUCUACUGCAGGACUCAUAUAGAGUGCGCGGAGCAACCAGACUGCAGGGAGAAAGCCAACUAUGACCCGACCCGAAUCUAUUGCGGGCGCCUCUUCUAUCCCCAUCAAUGCGUUGUGCGCGGAUCUCCAGAUCCCCAUCCCAUCACAAGAUUUGAUGGUUUGGCGCCUGCUCCUACUUCUUCUUCUUCUUCUGCGCCUGAAUUUGCUUAUACUGCUGCUCCUCGGAGGGCGUGAAUAUGAACAAUAGUGAUUGGUGUCGAUAGCGAUGGCGAUGGUGAUCAUGAGGAUGAGGGUGAUCGUGAUGAUGAAUAAUACUCCAUUCGUUCUGCGCUUGUGAUUUUUCAGUAUAUAGACUGAGAGAUGGGGGAUGGUGGUUGGUUCGAAUCUGACUUUUUUUUUUCUUCUUUUCCUCUCGUUACCCUUGAGACCCCACUGUGUAUGUAAUUUUUUAGCUCUUGCUAUUUAGCUUAAAGUUUUUACAUUAAAGUUUUAAUCCGUCUACCCAGGUCCCCUCAAAUGCAUCUUGAGUCGAUACAAGCAUGGUUGGCUCACUAUCGCUUUUUCCCCGCCCAUGCCCGAGAAAGCGCUUGCUCUGCUUGGUUUUGAGGAAGAAGAUUAUACCCGCUUGAGAUAGUAUGAUAUAGAAAGAUGUCUUUUGAGAUGUAUUAAGGAGCCGGUGUAUAUUUCUUCCGUCAGUCGGUGGUCAAAUCUGUAGAUAUAUAUAUAUAUAUAUAACGCCCCC